UCUGGACUGACCUGGAUCCCAGACCUCUAUUCGAUUUAUCAGAGUCUGAUGGUUAUUCAGAAUCACGUCUACAAAUCACAGAAUCAUGUACUGGCUUCAAAGGGGACCUGUGUCCUACAGGGUCUUAUUGCCCAGUGGGUUCGUCUCUUCCCCAGCCCUCUGAUUCAGGCUCUUAUUGUAAUCAGACUGGCCUGCACGCUCCUGUAGGCCUCUGUUUUGCUGGAUUCUUCUGCCCCACAGGCUCCUCAAAUCCCAGUGAUGUGCUUUGUCCUCCUGGACACUACUGUUCCCGAGGCACACCACUACCCCUGCCCUGUCCACAAGGCACAAUGAGGAGCUCUGCUGGAGCAUCCGGUGCAGAAGAUUGCCUCGAAUGUCCACCGGGAUAUUUCUGUGAGCAAAGAGGCCUAACUGAGCCCUCUGGUCUGUGCUCUGAGGGCUAUUACUGCCCUGGAGGACAGAACACAUCCAGACCACCAGAGUAUGUGUGUGGUGCAGGCCACUUCUGUGAAAGGGGCAGCAUCAUGGAGAGGCCAUGUUUCCCAGGUAGCUUUCAGCCCAGUCUAGGCCAGCACAGAUGUGAACUGUGCCCUAUCCGCUUUUUCUGCCCUGAGAACGGUAUGACACACCCAUUCCCAUGUCAGCCUGGAUUUUAUUGUCCAACUGGGGCAUCCAGUCAACAUCCAUGUCCUCCAGGGAGUUAUGGGAACCGCUCUGGAUUGGCUGAAUCUUCUGAAUGCUCUCAGUGUGACCCUGGGACCUAUUGUAUAGGGUCAGGAAGUGUGUCACCAACUGGCCCUUGCAGUGCUGGAUUCUUGUGCUUUGGAGGAGCCAUCACUCCUUCCCCAAAUGAUAAUGAGACAGGAAUACCAUGUCCACCUGGAUCUUAUUGUCCAGCUGGAAGUUUUGCUGGAAUACCUUGUCCCAAGGGCACAUUUAGCAAUCUGCAUCAACUAUCCAACAUAAGUCAGUGCCAAAACUGUACACCAGGGUUUUAUUGCUCAGAACCAAGCUUGACUGCAGUCAGUGGACCCUGCUUGUCAGGGUUUUACUGCAGUGAGGGAUCUCUGACUGCAGCUCCUCUGUCAGCCGUUUAUGGCGAUAUUUGUCCUCCAGGUCACUAUUGUGAGAUUGGUAGCACUGUGCCAACUCCCUGUCCAGUGGGAAGCCAGCGCUCUGAUAGUGGGGGAAAGGGCACAGAUGAUUGCAUGCCUUGCCCUGGAGGUCAGUUUCAGGAUCAGAGGGGUCAGAGCGAGUGUAAACCCUGUCCUCCUGGUUUCCACUGCAUCAACCUCACAAGCGGCUCUACGGGGGUCAGCACUCCUUUGGUCUGUCCUGAAGGCUUUUACUGCCCAAAUGAGACUCAGCCUGGAAACCCAGUUCCAUGUCCCAAAGGCACAUACAGUGAUUCUCUAGGCCUCAUUUCAGCAGAGCAGUGCCUGGUGUGCCCUAUGGGCUAUUUCUGCGGUUCAGAUGGUCUCUCCGAGCCCUCAGGGCCCUGUGCCCCUGGAUUCCUCUGUUUUGCGCAAGCGACAGUUCCCAACCCCACUGACAACAGCACUGGCACUAUGUGUCCACCUGGGGCAUACUGCCUUCUGGGAAUAAGAGCAGGUGAAUGUUCUGCAGGCUACUUCUGUGACUGGGGUUCCAGCAGUCCGGAGCAGAGUCUCUGUCCUGCCGGUUUCUAUUGCCCCGCAGGCACACAAAAGCCCCUGGCCUGCAUUGCAGGCACUUUCAGCUUCGUCAUGGGCAACAGCCACAGGGAAAACUGCGAGCCGUGUCCAUUAGGCUACUACUGUCAGGGGGAAGCAGUAUCGGAGCCUCUUCCAUGUCCACCGGGACAUUUCUGCCCCAUGGGCACAUCACAGGGCACUCAGUUCCCCUGCCCUCCAGGAACAGUGCAGCCACAGUCUGGGACAUCCAGUUUGGAGGAUUGUCUACCGUGUCCUGCAGGCAUGUUUUGUGCUCGGCAUGGUCUUUCAGAGCCUACAGGGUUCUGCCAGGAUGGAUAUCACUGCCCUUCGGGUGCCACAAGCCCUAAUGGCACUGGAAACAUGAUUGAAUCUACAGGCAACAACAUGUGCCCGCCUGGCCAUUACUGCCCAACUGGUAUCAGCUCUCCUCUCCCCUGCCCCGCCGGAACAUUCUCCAGUUCCCCAGGGUUGAGUGGGGCAGAGCAGUGCCAGCCGUGUCCUCCUGGGUACUUCUGUGAGCAGACUGCUAUGAUCCAUCCAUCAGAAGCAACUCUCUGUGAUGCUGGAUAUGUGUGUAUGAACGGCAGUCGUAGUGCUCGACCAGUAGAUGGACUACAGGGUUAUAUUUGUCCGAGCGGACACAGUUGCCCCAUUGGAGCUCCAUUGGAAGUGCCAUGUGAGCCUGGCACAUACAGCAGCGCUCCUGGCGCCGCCCACUGUCUCUCAUGCCCAGCUGGCACUAUGUGUCCUUCCCCUGGCACACAGGAGCCUUCCCCAUGUCCCAUGGGUCAUUUUUGCCCUGUUGGCACUGCUGCAGCUGUACCCUGCCCUGUGGGCACACUGGGACAGGUUACAAGGGCUCAAUCUGAGGCUGCCUGUGUGCCCUGCCCCACAGGCCUGUACUGCAGUUCACCUGGAACAUCACAACCACAGGGCCAGUGCCAGCAGGGUUAUUUCUGCCAAGGAGGGUCUCCAAAUCCUGCACCUCUGAAUAUGACUGGCUACCUCCGGAAUGGCCCCUGCCCACAGGGUCACUUUUGCCCUUCUGGAACCCUAAUGCCUCUGCCCUGCCCAGCAGGCAGCAUUCGUAACCUCACCGGGGGUUACUCCAUAGAAAGCUGUCUUCCUUGCCCAGCAGGGCAUUAUUGUGCCAGCGAGGGCCUAAAUGCUCCAACUGGGCCCUGUGCUGCUGGCUUUUACUGUCCCGUAGACUUCUCCUCCACCACCCCACAUGCCUUCCUUUGCCCCAAGGGUCAUUACUGUCCCUUGGGUUCACCCCUGGCCUUGCCCUGCCCCACGGGACAGUACCAACCGAAUCCGGGUUCAGAUAACUGCAUCCCCUGCCGUCCAGGCUAUUACUGCGAGGAGGCAAUUAUUGGAGACCCCCGGCCUUGCCCGCCACAUUCCUACUGCCCUGCAGCCACAAUGGUUCCUCAGCCCUGUCCCAAUGGCACAUACACCCCACCUGAGGUCGGGGGCCUGCAGGAAGAGAGAGAGUGUUUGCCAUGUCCGCCAGGAAAGUUCUGCAGGGCUGGACAGGUCAAAGGUCUAUGUGCUGCUGGGUUUGUGUGUAUCUCUGGCAGUUCAGAGUUCACCCCUCAGGCUGCUUUUCUUCUCAACAGAGACCAGUGUGAGUGGGGAGCACAGUGUGCUGGACCAUGUCCCGCUGGCUUUUAUUGCCCUGAAGGCACUGAGGAACCGUUAUCUUGUCCUGCCAACACUCUAAGAGAAACCCAUGGAGCAAGUGCUUUACGUGACUGUCUGCUUUGUCCUCCAAGGCACUGGUGUAAAGAGGGUGAUCCCAUCCCACGCUUGUGUCCACCAGGCUAUUACUGUGAUGGCAUAGCCGAUUAUGAGUCUGAGGGGCGGCCCGGGCCCAGACAAUGUCCCAUGUUCACAUACAGGCCCACAUCUGGGGCAGGUAGCAAGGGAGACUGUCUUGCCUGCCCACCUGGCACUUUUUGUAACUCCACAGGGCUCACUGAUUUCUUAAGUUUCCUUUGCCCACCGGGUCAUUGGUGCAGUGGGACAGGUUUCCCAGUGCCCUGCCCUGCAGGCACAAUGAGGGCACAGGCCGGGGCAGCUGCUGUCAGCCAGUGUGAGCUUUGCCCUCCUGGUACCUACUGCCCAGACCCUCGCACCACAGGCCAGCCUAAUACAGCAGGCAUCCCAUGCCGAGCUUCUUACGAAUGUCCUGCAGGCUCAGUGACAGAGAUUUUUUGCAGAGCUGGUUCUUACUGUAGACCCCAAACAGGAGAGCCCACACCGUGUCCUGCAGGAUACUACUGUCCUGAAGGAUCUCACACCUACAGCUCACCACAGCAAGUGUGUACAUUUCCAAAUUACUGCCCAGCCAACAGCUCUGCCAUGCUGUCCUGUCCGGACGGCUGGAUGCCGCUGAACACCAGUGGGCUGAGGAAGUCUCGGGUGAGCAGCUGUGUGCUGUGUGGGGCCGGCACCUAUCGGCCUAGUCAGUCCCCUCACCUCCAGUGCCUCCUCUGCCCUCCAGGACAUCACUGCCCUCCGGGCUCACAUCAUUAUAGUGAUCAAACCUGUCCAGUAGGAUAUGUUUGUCCACAAGGCAGCUCUGAGCCUGUUCCCUGCCCGCCUGGCUCAUAUGGAAACCGCACCAGUGCAGAAUCACUUGAGGAAUGUCACAAAUGCCCACCAGGCACCUUCAAUCACUUACAUGCCCAGAGAGCCUGUUUCCCCUGUGGGAGUUCGUCCACCUCAGAUGCAGGGGCGUCCUCUUGUACCUGCAUAGGCAAAAACCGUGCGUUUCAGCACUCGGAUGGGUCAUGCUUGUGUAAGACCGGUUUUGUCUUCUACGAUCAAUUGGACUUCAAAAGCUUCACUGCAGACAGUGAACUGGACUGUCAGCCUGAGGUGAAGAAGCGCUGCUGGGCAGGUCAAGUGAGACUGGCCUCUACGCUGGAUUGUGUCAUCCCAUCCACCUACUCCUGUAAUGUUACGUGUGGACCUCAGGGAGGGACGUUGGAUGUAGGGAUGGGCAUUUGUCACUGUCAGAGGUACGUGUCAGCGGAGGAGCUGUGUAACUCUUCAUGCAUGUCCACACUACCGGUGCUCUCUGCCAGAUUGGAUACAGAGGGACAGUUGCUGCUGAGAAUCAAAACCACAGAUGAAAGCAAAACCUGGAGCAGGAGUAUGAUAAAUGUACUAGGACCUGAUGUUCACGUAAAGAACAUUGGAAGGAUCCACUUCGUCCAGUUUGCUCCCGAGGGAGUGUUUGGUUGGAUUUUAAAAGACCCUGUGCUCAUUGACUCUUUAAUGUCAGAACCAGUUGAAAUUCUGGAGAGAGAUUACAGGAGGAGAAGACAUGCUGAUCAGAAUCAGGUUUCAACGCCUCUUCCACGGAUUCCAAAUCCCAUAGCAUGUCUGUCCCCAAACGACAUGCUCAUCUUUCAGCUCACGAUCAACCACACUGACCGCCACCACAGUCACUUCCCAGUGUACCAGAAGGACCACCUAUUCAGCAGUAACCCUGGUUGGGAUUUUGGGGCCUUCAGACGUCUAGAGCAUCUCGUCAUACACACACAGCUAAAUUCCAGCAGAUUUGCGCAUGUGUUCAUGGAGCCGGGAAAGUAUGUGUUCCUUGAUAACGCAGUGCCGGAGUGGAGUCUGAUAGUAGUCGUGAGUGAGCAAGGCUCUGAGUGCAACCCCACCACAGCCUCGUUCCAGCCAACGACCCCCGCACAGCUAGUGCGACAUGGGAUUGUCAAACAACACAGCUUAAACCUGCUUCCAGACUGGGGGCUCAUCACAGGGAUCUUGUCUCUGCUGGUGUUGUUGAUAAUAGUGUUGACAGCCUCUGCUCUUGUCUUGAGGCCUAAUCGGUCCAAACUCAUCGCUCAAGGGAGGCCAAAGCCCAAGUGGCGCAGCUUGGGUGAACCCAGUGUUCCUAUUGAAUAUGUUUAUUAUACAGACAGUUUGGAUGGCUCUGAGGCUCUAGGUCUGAGAGGGGUGGGAGAGGGAGCAGAAUCAGAGGAACCUGCUCUUUGCAAAGGAGGUUUCAGAACUACACUAAUGGAGCUGGAGGAGUUUAAUGUGAAAACACUGUAUGACAAGUUAGAGGAUCAGAAUUUACAUCUGGCAUCCCAGCUGGCAAAGCAUCGCAAAGAUACACAGGAGUUUUACAGGAACAUGUGCCAGCAAAUUGAUGCUUUGAGGGACACACUAGAAAAUAUGGAACCCUCAAAACUGAACCAAUUGAAAAAAAUACUAGACAAUGAAGCUCUGAUGAAGAGAGAAACUGCUCAUGAGCCGUGGAUGGGGCUGAUGGAGGCUGUGCUGAGAUCUUUGGAGGUAGUGAUGUGCAGGAUGAAUGGGGAAGUCUGGCAGCAACAGGACAGCACAGCUAUAAACAGCCACAGAGACACCCGAGAGAGUGAACUUCCCACCAGAUACAUUCAGUUUUCCCCUGCAGAUAUGUCGGAGUUUAAAGUGGGUGUUGAUACAGAGGCAGCUUCCUCAGAUCCAGGUCAACAGCAGAGCACCAUCCCCUGUGUGAGUGAAGAGGAUCUGGCCAAGUGUGUGUCUCUGACGCCUCUCUCCAAAACACUGCAGGAGAUAAAGGAAUCUCUCCACACUCUUGCCCAAACGCCCAGGACAGAGGACGUAAUUAUCAGCCCAGCGGAGAGUGAACCAUCGCACCUGAUCCCUGUUGCCCUUGACAACCUUUCCCCUCAGCAUUUCGCAGUCUUCCUGUUUGGCUGCCAUGUUGUGCGUCUGUUGAGCAGAGUUUGUGACUUCCCCCCUGUCAUGCUGCUGUUGGCCAGGACGGUGCCAGUCUCGCACUGUGAUAACCUGCUGGCCUACUGCCAUAAAGACUUCUAUUAUGACACAGCCAAUCAAAUUCUGUACAUCCUAGAGAAGAAGGUUCAAAAUGCUGGCCAGUUCAUCUCCAUUCUCGUGCACUCUAUGGCCUACAUAACCUCAGGUUCAAAAUCUCUCGACUUCAUUAAAGCCUUCCACUUGGCCAUAUCGGCAUUAAGCAUGCAGUUGUUUCAUCACUCUUUCACUGAAGACCAGAGAAAAGGAAAGAUGGAUGAAGAAAACACACCGGAUGCCUUUGGAACAUUAGUAGAGAACUUCUUCAGUGUAAAAAUACCUAUUGAGACCCAUUUUGCAGAGCACCUGCUGGCAGAGAGACUUCAAGUAUAUAAAUACUUCAAGUUGGAACAGCUCCUCCAGGAACUAAAACCAACUCUGAAAGACAGACAUGAUGGACGAGGGCAAACUGGCCUAAAGACUCAAGUCCCAGUGCUGUGUGUGGAGAGAGAAAUAAACAGACUUAAUGAAGUUUACCAGCAGCUCUCCUCUGAACUUCACAGGGCAACGCACAUACGUAGCCCACCGGAGAAGAAGUUUGACAAACCGCUACAGGAGCAACAGAUAAUGCUGGAGCUACAGAAGUGUACGGUGGAGCAGAGGCUGAAGGAGAUGAGAGACAGACUUUCUAAACUGAGUCCUAAUGAAGACAGAGCAGCUCAGAAAGACAGCCAGACACCCAGCAAACGCAAACCAGACAAUACAAGACCAGAGAAACAGACACCUGCCGCAGGGAAGUCCAGCAACAAGAAAAAGCAGAGCAAGCAUAUGGACAAAGAUGAGGAAAAGCAUGUGACUGCGUGAGGAAAAAUGUUUGAAAAUGGUUAUUAUUAUUAUUAUUAUUAUUUAGAUUCUAAAAACACAAUGAAUGCGAAACUUUUGUGACACGGUCACAGCCAGUCAGAAGAUAUUUAAUGUUUAAUGUACAGGAGGAGCAGGGCAAAAUGGCAUAGAAACAGAAACCAAAAUGUCCUUUUACUUGUGACUUGUAGAUGUCAUGGCUGUUUAUGACAAAAACUUACAUGAAGGAGAUAGAGGGGUUGGACAAAAUAACAUGAACACCUGGGAAAUAGGCAGUAUUUCUUUAUUAGGUGUUUAAUACAGCUUCCAACCUUAUUGGAAUAGAUUAAUACAACUUUUGAAUAGUUUCCAGUUGAAUGUUGUUUAUCAGAACUUCUGUCAGUUGUUUCAGAGAUGUCUGCUUCUCACUCUUCUCUCCAAAAUUUCCCACAGUAGUUCGAUAAUAUUCAAGUCAGGUGAAUAAACAGACCAGGGCAGAUGAUUAUGUUCAUGUUAGUGCUCCAACCAUCCAGGUUUUAUGAUCGUCACACCAUCUUUUUCACAUUUUAGCAGUGGUGUUUGAGAUUAAAUUUUAGCAAUUGCAGCUCUUUAAUUGAUGUUGGUUUUGUGAAGUUUUCUGUGUUCAGUUUUUGUGGAAACAUGGUCUUCAGGGUGAAUAUUUAGCUUUGCUGUCACUUUGCUGCAGUUGUUCUGUGUUGUUUGGACACAAUCGUUCUUAGUGUUCAAAGGUCCUUAUUAUUCACUUUCGGUUUUUGCCCUCUAUUCUUCUUCGCUGAUGUUCAUAAAACACACAAUUGGGCUGUUAAGGUUACAAAUGAUAAAUGGGCUUUGAAGAUUUCACACAUGGCUUGUAACCACUUAUAUACAAGCUAGAGAAUAUAAACAACAAAAAAGAUGAAUAAAAGGUAAUCGCAAUGUUUGCUUUUUCACUGUAGCCUACACAAAUGAUAUUAACCCCUAUAUUAAUGGGUGUUCACUGUUCACAUUAUUUUGUCCAACCCCUGUAGCUUUUUCAUUAGCUUGGAUGCAGUGUUAUGCUUUAUUUUAUUUUAUGUUUUUAAAUUGCCGUUAACAUAUACAUAUAAGCUAUUUACAAUAUACCUUUCAAAAUUUUGGGGUCGAUAAAAUUUUAUUAUAAAAUGUUUUUGAAGGAAGUCUCUUAUGCUCACCAAGGCUGCAUUUAUUUGAUCAGUAAUUCAGUAAAAACAGAAAUAUUAAAAUUGAAAUAUAUUUUAAAAUGUAUAUUUAUUCCUGUGAUGGCAAAGCUGAAUUUUCAGCAUCAUUACUCCAGUCUUCAGUGUCACAUGAUCCUUCAGAAAUCAUUCUAAUAUGCUGAUUUGCUGCUCAAGAAAUGUUUUUCAUGUUGAAAACAGUUGUGCUGCUUAGUAUUUUUGUGGAAACCGUGAUGCAGUUUUCAGGAUUAUGUCAUUAAUAGAAAAAAAAAAAACAGUAUUUAUUUAAAAUAGAAAUCAUUUGUAACAAUGUAAAUGUCUUUACUAUCACUUUUGAUCAAUUUAAUGCAUCCUUGCUGAAUAAAAGUAUUAAUUUCUUUAAAAAAAUUCUUACUGACUUUACAUUAGUGUAGGUGUUUUUAUUUAGUAUUUAUUUUCAUUUUUGAACAUGAUUGUUAGCCCUAAAGUUAGAAAAAAUUUUGUUUCAGUACAUUUAUUCUAAAAAAGUAUCUAAUUUCUUAUGAGUCAAUCUGAAAAACAUGGACAAAAUGUUACUAAUUAAACACCUUAUGCUCUUCUGAGCAGUAAUA